UAGAUCAAUGUCAGUUUUGCGGUAGCUGGAAAUCAGAUACUUUUUAUAUCUUUGAUGAAUCUGUUUCAGAAAUGGAAACAAAAUUAACCACCACAAAACAGUCCAUCCAACGCAUGCUCUUGCCAUUCGCAAUCCAAAGACAAUGAAGCAAGCCGCAACAAUUCCCUGCUCCAAGAAAAUUGCACAGGCAAACCAACAUCCAACAUUGGAACUAUCAAUCAGUUCGUUUCAAAACCUAGAGCAGCUUCCAAGUGUUGUAAGACAAAUAGCGACAGAACGGAAAAAGGCAAAUAAAAAAUAAGCAAAAACGAAGACCUACGAAAACGUAUAACGGUCCUCGGGAUUGCAUCUAAUCUCCCCGGGGAAACAGAUAUUCGCUUGCAGAGUUGAGAGACUUGAGUGUGUGUCGUCUGUCGGGUUGUUGAGAAAAACUUCCAGAAACUUAAUUAGGGAUAAAAUUUUGAAAAUUUGUGAAAAUUUUUGCGUGUGCAUUGAAAUAGUUAAAUCAUGUAUCGGGCCUAAUUAAAUUAUAGAAUCGACCUUUGCAAACACAUUUGGGGUGGGAAGGUUGCUUGAAUAUCGUUGAAAGGGUUUUAAUUAAAGUUUUUGGGAAAUUUGAAAUAAGAAAAUGGAAAAACUGCAUGAAUAUCAGGGCUGGUCGGGACGUCUGCACGAGUGGCGUGAUGGGAUACGUGAACGUUUCUCCAGCUUUCGGGAGCAGCAUCCUGAAAGUCUUGUAGAAAUGGCUAAAACUGCAGCAUCCGAUCAAAUGAAAGGCAACACCGCUGUAACUGAUGAUUUUUCUCACAUUUAUAGACACAAGACUCGUCAGGAACUUGUCCGAGUUUCAGCGGCAGUCAUGGGUAUUGAAUUCUCGUAUGCCGCCGAAACGGCAUUUGUAUCUCCAACCCUUUUAAAAAUCGGGGUGGAACAUCAGCAUAUGACUCUUGUGUGGGCAUUAUCCCCUUUGGUUGGAUUCUUUGUGUGUCCCAUUCUGGGAUCACUGAGUGACCGUUGUAAGCUGAAUAUGGGACGAAGGCGACCUUUUAUUAUACUCCUAUCAAUUGGCGUUCUAAUGGGAUUACUACUUGUUCCGAAUGGUGAGGAUUUGGGAUAUACCUUCGGUGACGUAGAUCCACACGCUCAAAUUGCCGCUAUGAAUUUGACUGCGAAUGAAACUCAUAACAAUAUAAAUGUGUCUCCCCAUCGAGCUUCAGCUUCUGAUACCGAGGUAAAGGUUGUCCAAAAAACUGCUCAUCCAUGGGGUAUAUUUUUUACGAUAUUGGGCACUGUUUUGUUGGAUUUUGAUGCAGAUGCUUGUCAAAGUCCAGCUAGGGCUUAUUUAUUGGAUGUUUGUAUUCCAGAGGACCAUGCAAAAGGACUGUCAACUUUUACCAUUAUGGCUGGAUUGGGUGGAUUUAUGGGAUACUCAAUGGGAGGCAUCAACUGGGAUGCUACGUCUAUAGGUCGCAAACUCGGUGGACACGUCAAGGCAGUAUUCACAAUCAUCACAUUCAUUUUCAUUGCUUGCGUCUCAUUUACUGUCACAAGCUUCAAGGAAAUACCCCUCUGGGCAUUGGUAGCUCCAAAAACUUCCGGAAGAGGUGAAUCCGAUGCAUUGGGACCAGGUGAAAAUGCGGUAUCUUAUGGAGCUCUCAAUGAUGACGAAGUAAAUGAUUCAAUGUUAGAUGAGCAAGAUAAAAAGUCAGAAUACACCACAGUCCCAGGGGAGAAUGUAAGUGAAACGUCGUUUGCCGCUGGCAGUGAACUACCACCCAUGUUAAAUGCCGAAACCCAAGAAGGAGAACCCCCACCCACAGAGACUGUCCAAACCCUCUCCCAUUACUUGCUCUCCAUUGUCUACAUGCCGCACUCCUUAAGAAUGGUCUGCCUGACAAAUCUCUUCUGUUGGAUGGCUCACGUCUGUUAUUCCCUUUAUUUCACCGACUUUGUGGGCGAGGCCGUCUUUGGUGGUGAUCCAAAGGCUUUAGAAGGAACCGAACCACAAAUCCUCUAUGAAGAAGGCGUCCGCUUCGGUUGCUGGGGCAUGGCAAUGUAUUCAUUGUCUUGUUCCUGCUAUUCCCUCAUUAUAGAAAAACUAAUUCAGAGAUUUAAAGCUAAGCCGGUUUACAUUGGGGGAUUGCUUUUUUAUUGUUGCGGAAUGACUUUGAUGGCGAUGACACGCGCCAAAGCCAGUGUCAUCCUCUUUAGUUGGACAGCAGGUGUUAUGUAUUCGACUCUGUUUACGAUGCCGUAUCUAUUAGUGGCACACUACCAUGCCAAGGGAACUUUUGAAUUGGACUAUGAUGGAUCACCAAAGUUGGGUACUGAAGUAAGGGGACUUGGAACCGAUAUCGCUAUCGUAAGCAGCAUGGUAUUUUUAGCACAAUUUAUCUUGUCUAUUUGCAUGGGAACUAUUGUGACUAUAUCGGGAACGACAACAGCUGUUGUCAGCAUGGCAAGCUUUUUAAGUUUUUGCGGUGCAUUGGCGGCAACACAGGUUAUGUAUUUAGAUUUGUAAAGUGAAUAAGUAUUAUAUGACAAUAAAAAAAUAAUUAAUUUUUGAUUUUAACGAGAAA